CAGAGGAAGCCCCAGACUCAACAACAGGACAGACAGCCAGACUUGCAAUGGCAGUGACUAUUCGGUUCCAGGCUGUCUGCGUCCUGCUGCUGCUCCUGGCCAGCCUGACCAGCGGCCAGGCCCUCCAAGACCAGCCAAGACAGCUUGCCAACUACCGGGCUCAAGGCACAGCUGAAGCCAAGGCUGGCUUGAUGGCGGUGAGCCCAAGGCGAGCAAAGCGGGACACCCACUUCCCCAUCUGCGUGUUCUGCUGUGGCUGCUGCUCGAAGUCCAAGUGUGGGAUUUGCUGCAAGACGUAGCGCCCACUCCUCAACACUCCCCCACCCUCCGCGGUACUUCCUGCGGCCCACCAGCGCGGGGCGAAGGGUCUGGCAAUAAAAGCGCUGGUUACGUUCUUUUCCAAA